UUAUUUUGACAUUUGAACAUUUCGAUGUCAAGCGCUACGUAUUUCUUUAAAAAAAAGUAAUUUUUUAUCGUUUUCCCUUAUUUCUUCACUUUUCUCUUUCGAAUAGAAGCUUAGAGAAUAAAAUUCAGAGUGUAAUUGAGCAUAAUUUGAAUGAGGAGCCUAUAAAUUCCAUGAGAACCAUGUGACACGAAUACGAAAAAGGGCUUCCAGACCGUCAAUGUGACAGAGAUGUUUUCUGCCAUCGCGACGAGCCAGCGCAACCGCGGAGUCAAAACGACCACGACGCGUCAUAAACGAGAAGCGAUAUAGGGUUAGCACGUUAAAAAUGACCUCGAGAUGGCCACCCCGCCACCGAACCCUAGUGAAGGAGAGGAGGGCGUCUCCGUCCCCGAGUUGGCGGAGGAGUCGAGUGGGGAACGCCCGACCUCCGCGCAGAAGAUGUUCAUAGCGCCGCCUGCCUCGCAGCUGCCCACGAAGCUGCAGUUCGUAGCGCGCGGCGCCCCAGGCCCCAGCGGCGGGAUCAAGCAGUGUUUCCGCACCGUGAAGACGGCGCGGCGAGUCCCAACCCUGCCGCGACGCGACGAGGAGCCUCUGCCGGGGCCCUCCGCGGAGCCCCAGCGACCCGCGCGCCGCGACCGACACAAGCGACACGCUUGCUCCACCUGCGAUAAACGCUUCUCUAGCCCCGGUAAGCUCCAACAACAUGUAUUGUCUCACACUGGUGAGCUUCCCUUCUCGUGUGACCUUUGUGAUAAGAAAUUCAAUUCAAAAUUCAAGCUUGUACGCCAUAAUUUAAUUCACAGUGAAGCAAGAGCAUUUAAAUGUGGUACUUGUGGUAAAACAUUUAAUCGUAAAGAUCACCUUACUAAUCAUGAAAGAGUGCACAAUCCGACUAAAAAGCUGUACACAUGUGAGAGGCCUGAUUGUAGAAAGUCAUAUACUUCAUCACUUAGUUUUCGAAAGCAUGCUGCAUUACAUUCUGCUGAGGAGGGAAAUCUACAAUGUAAGAUCUGUGACGAGGUGUUUGCCACUCGCCAAGAGAUAUUCUACCAUCUGAAAGUUCACACAGGGAGCCGCACUGUAAAAAAUGAGACUGAUAAAAAGUUCACAUGUGAUCACUGUGAUAGAAGAUUUUUCACAGCGAAAGAUGUGAGGCGGCAUCUUGUGGUGCAUACAGGUAGACGGGAUUUUUUAUGUCCACAUUGCCCACAAAAGUUUGGAAGGAAAGAUCAUUUAGUGAGGCAUAUGAAGAAUGGUCAUCCAGAAGAAUCUGUCAAAUCAGCCACUCCGGGAACUUCUAGUGAACCACCACCUGAAUCCACCUCAUUUGAGGAAACAUAUUCAGAAUUUCAAUUAGAAGGUGCAGACUUUGUUUGGAAGGCAUCUUCUCCCAAAGAGCACACGUCAGAGAUCCAAACUAGAGUGCCUUCAACCGAAAUUAUUGUGGAAAUACCGCCUGAACUUGAUAUCAAGGUAGAACCAUCAGAAGCUGAAAUAGAGGAAUCUUUGGAUACUCAUGUUAAGGUAGAGCAACCAACAUCACCAAGCUGUGAAUUAUUGUCUACGGGUCCCUAUCCUGUCAUGUUCAUGGUUUCAGCACCAUACACUCAUACAGCGUCCGAAGCAAUUUAUGUUACAUCAGAAGAACUUCCCAAUCCCAUUAGACGAUCUAGUGAAGCUAUUUUGUUAGAUCCUUUGCUGAUGGAUCCUGGGGAGGGCCCGUCAGGCCUGUCCAACGAGAUGCUAGGGCUUCUGGAAGAGAGUGAGCCGUCAUACCCUGUGGAGGAGAGCCUCCCCGCUGCCCCGCCUCAGCCGCAGAGACUGCCCGCAUUCCGCAAGGCGUUCCAGACGGCGAAGAGCCCCAAGCCGCCGCCGCCUCCGCCCCCUCUCUAGCCUCGCGCAUUUAGCUUAUAACCGAGCUACCUCACUAGAUAAGGUAAGCUGUAAAUAGUCUGCAGUGAUCUAGUAAUUCAAGUGUAAAGAUGGACUUGGUGACAGUAUGUUGUAAGCUCGGAGGCGCGCGCCCCCGGAGUAAUUGCCAAAUUGUAUAUUUGUAUGUUUCAGGUAUACCAAAAUGUUUCCGAAUUCUACAUGAAUAUGUGAUCUAGUCGUGUAUGUACUUUCGGAAUUGUAAAUGUUUAUUUAUAGCAUACAUGGAGUAUAGGGACCAACUCUGCUAAUUUCAUGAUGUGACUACUCAGUUUGCUGGUGUUUUUCAUGUAAAUGUUGACCGAGCAGAAUUUUGUUUGAAGGUAUGGCUCUUGGAAGCAGUAGGCUAUUACAAUAUGUUUCAGAGAAGCGUGCUGCUUGACGCGAAGUAAUACACCGGAGCAUAUUCUUGGUCUAUUGAUAGAUUCAUAAUUCUGCUAGAAUAACAUCAGAUCUGUCUAGAUUGUACUAUCAUUGUGUAAGUGUUCAGCAAGUAAUAAUAAAUCGAAUUCGAGCAUUUUCUUGUACAAAAUGUUGUGAAACUUUAGUAAACUCAGCAGAAUUUGCUAGCAACAAAAGCAAUACCUCAGAGGUACCUUGUGCCUCCUUUAUUUAUAAGAUGUUAAUUGAGUCUGUCUGGUGAGCAGUUUAUCUGUAUUUCACAUUAUCUUUCUGCAAAUUGUGCCAAAACGAGAACACUGUCUAGAAAUCUAGUACAAUGCUUCUAAAACAUAUUUGUUCAUUAGAUUCUAUAGGACGUAUUUGAGACGAUAAUGCUGACUUGUGAGUGAAGUUGAAAUCUCGCAUGAUACCCAAAAGCUAGUUGAAAAAAUUCCGAAAUUGUUUUUAGAAGUCUUGGCAUACUUUUUAGAAUUGAGCCAAAUUAUGUUAUUUGUGUUCCAAAUUUUUUGGAAUAUCGGUGUAAGUGUCAGAAAGUUGGUGAUGUAUAGUGAGAAUAAACUACUUGGGCUGAAAUGAAAGGAUAAUAUAGCUGGUUUUAUUAGGUGCCUUGCAUUUCAUGGUUCUCUUUACAUAGCUGAUGAGGAUAGUAGCGUAGUUUACACAUUUUGGCGGCUAUAAACAAAUAUUGAUGAUUAUGAUUUAUUAGUCAUCCUGCUUGCAUUCUAAUUAACAUUUCCAAAACAUAAAUUACGGCAAUGUGCAGUACGGAUAGUGGUAGUAACCAUGUUCAAAUCUUACUUUUCAAUUCUAUUUGCAGAUGUUAAAGCGGUCCGCUAGAUUUUGGAAACAUGCAGUGUAAAUGGCUAAUUUGUUCAACUACGCUAUGCAUCCUAUAUCAGGACAGAAUAACACAAACUUGGAACACUGUCGAGUUGAUUGUAUUUGCGUCAGAGUUUCUCAUCAUCAUCUGCAUGUUCUCAUAGCUGAAGGUCGUGACCAGAGUAGUUGUGUCUCUUGGCUAGGGCCAGGCAAUAUGGUCUUGUGCCGAUUUUAAGUUUCAGUCCCAUAAUUUCAUUAUUUAUUUAAUCUCAAUAAAUAAUAAUUUUCAUUCAAUAAAUUUUCUAUUAUCAAAUCGGCAGCUGUUCUACAUUUGCCGCAAAAUGAAAUUAUUGCAGUCUUCACUUGUCCAAAAUAGAUGAUCAUUGUAAAAGUAUUUCGUCCAGCAUUCAUUAUAUGUCGCUGUUCACGAUGACGCAUCAUUAAUAAAAUGAAUGAACUCCGUAUGCUAGAUAACGAGAAACAAAGUUCACCUUGAUUUCCAAAACCUUUAUCAAUCUCGACUGUGUUCCGUCUAGCAGAAUGUUUUACUCCUGACACUAAACAUACUUUUUAAUAUGUAAAUGUAAGUUUAAUUGGUAAUUAUAAAGGUUUUUAUGCGUAUAAUAGUUACAAUCAAUGUUUGGCGUCUAGUAAUGACAAUUGGCUUGAAAAGUUUUAAAGGGAGAAAACGCUUGGUAUAUUGAAUAUGUAAAUAAUUCUAAUCUUGUAGGUUAAUAGGACUAUAAAAAUUUAAUCUACCUCAAUUGCAAUUUAUUUUUACGGCUAGAAUUGUAAUUACUAUUUUAGUUUAGUGAGUGUUAGGUCUUACUUCCUUUCGAAAAAUUCAUUGUACAGUAUCGCAUAGCGCAACUGGUGUUGUCGUCUCUGAGAAGUGACGAGGGAAGUGUACAAAGUGUAAGAGUUAUUUUCUGAUAUCUUUAAAAGCUUUACAAUAGUAACAUAUUUUUUUUGAAAAAUAAAUACAGUGAGCCGGCAAUCCUGGUUGUGUUUUCUUAUUAUUGUGCUGAUUGGAAAUCUUUUUAUGAUUGAUAUGUGCAACAUAAAUAUGUAAAAAUUCGCUUUUUUAUUUUUUCUUAAUUUUUAGCCAACAUUUGUGCUGGGAUUUCUUUCAAAUCAAGCAAUCUUUUUCCAAAUGUAAGAUCUGGGUUUUGAUAGUUAACUGAAAAAAAUAAAUCAAAAAUUGUAAAAAAAAUAAUAAUUGUUACUUAUAUUGUAGGAUUUUAUCGCACAUUACACGAAACGAAUAUACAUAUUAAAGAAAGCAAAUAUCAAAAAGAUUUCAUGCAUAAUAAGUUACAAGUACAUGAUUAAACUCCAUAUUAUGGUUGGUGUUUAAGUUUCGUAUAUUGAAAUGGAUAUUUCAUUUCAAUAACCCCUAAACCCCUAGUCAUAUACAAUAGCAGUACAUAUAUUCUCAAAUAGGCAGUUACUACUGAGUGAUAUUUACCAAUCUGAUAACAAUUAAUUAAUGGUGCAAAACAGAUUAGUACAAAAUAACAAAAGUAGUUUAUGUAUAUUAAAGAAUUUCCUCAAUUUUAGUAUUGACAUAAAUAUACAACGAUAGUAUGCAAUAUAUUUUUGUAAAGUUUUAGAUUUUAUUAAUAUUUUAAUGUAUAAUUAACAUAUCAAAGACUAGCAUCGAUGCACACUAUGACUUGUUACGUUAUUUCUUGUUCUUGAAUAUAAAAUAUUGAAGAUCGAUACCGUUUUGUAUUUAUUUAUUUAAAACAGAUGUCAGACGACAAUAAAUCAUAGCUUUUGUGGUUUAGUAGCACUGAAAGUGUUCAUAUAUUUUUUAAAUUAUUUGGUGCUUUGGUGAACUCAAUUCUGUGGCAACGACUGUAGAAAAAUAACUUGCGAGAAUUUUAUUUGAAAAGUAAAACAUAAGUUCCAAGUCUUUAUAUGAGCAAAGAAAAAUCCUAUUUUCUUAUUUCUUAGUAAACCGUUUAAGUUGUAGAGUCCUUUGUCGAUUUUCUGAUUGUUAAAAUAGUUUUAUUUAUUUAAAUAUCAGCUUUUACUAUUUAUAGGAAUGUUGCAACAGAACUGACACUCAUUAAUUUAAGCGCAUUUAAUUACGGGAAAAUAUUGUUAAUAGUUUUCUUGUCCACCCCAGUUUGUAAAAUUUUAUGUUUUAACAGUUAAUGAGUGUGACUCAUUAUUUGUAUUUUUGUAAUUAUAAUUAUUUCGUGUAAUAAACCAAAUAAUUUUAUUACCUUACAUUGUAUGUAAGAAUUCGAAUAUUUUUUGUCUUAAGUUGAUAACAGCAACGAAUCUGCUAUGAGUAAGGAUUUUAUAUACUUUUAUAUAAUGAUUAUGACGGAAUUAUAAUGUCAACAUGAAAAUCUUAAUUCACAAGUUCCAUUGAUUCUGACAUUAAAUUAUUGUGUAUAUAUAAUUUCAACAUAUUUAGAAAUAUAGAAUUAAAUUUGGAAAAACAAAAAUAAACUAGUAUAUAAAUAUGUAAUACAACCAAAAAGACAAAGUUUGAGUUAAUUGAAAAAGGAAAUCUUGUAAUCAGCUUAUAUAAUUAUUUAAUGUGACUAUUACGUGAUUAAAAUUUUUCACAAAAUUACCUUGAUUUUAACAAUUCUAUGACGUUGUUUACUCGUCUGUUACAUGCAUAGAUUUCUUUAGUAGAACAAGUCAUGUGUAAAAUUAUGUUUUAAAUGUGUAUUUAUAUAAGUUACUUUAAAAAAAACUUUCUCUUACUCAUAGCUAAAGUGACACGGAUCAAUAGAUAUACGUAAUUGUGGUACAUAAUGUAGCGGCCUUAAUAAAUAAUAUAAAAAAUGUAGUGUUUGAAUUGUAAUGAAAGAAGAAAUAUUUUUAGAAAUUACGAUAUAUUUUAAUAGAAUGAUCUAUUUUUGUUACGCUUUUGGAGAAAUACGUCAUUUUUAAUGGAUGUUGAAAAUAUAAACUCUUACCGUACCUAUACAGAGUUGUGAUCGGAAAUAGAGCCUAGACUGCUACCUCAAAAUCAAAUUGUUUUACAUUACCAGUAUUUUUUCCAUAUUAAUGUUACUUACAUAAUACAUGUAAUAUAGUUAAAUAAUUCCACUUUUAAGGGAAUAACUGAAUUUAAAAAAAUCGCUACAUCAAACCGCAAUUUCAAGUAAAUUUCAGUAAUAAUUUUAUUGUUUCGAAAAAGUUUUCUGUUUUUAUUAAUAUUGUAUUUUAAAUCUAGCGAAGCAGUUUGUAAUCUAUGGAAGGUAAGUAAGUAUAUACAUAAAUAGCGUAUUUUUUUUAAUAAGCUCCAUAAUUUUUUUGUUAUUAUGCAGAUCAUAUUACACCACCUAAAAUAUUGUAAAAGAAAUUGAGUAAUUUCCGAUUACAACUACAGUCCACCUUUAGUUUGAAAUUAUACUAACGCAUGUGCCCUCUCCGAUAAAUUAUAAACAAUGUACCUGGUUUAUAAUAACACGAUGUAAUGUUUUCAUUGUAAUAAAUAUUUGAACAUCA